UUUCCGCUAAAUAUUCUCCAGAACCAGUCAGAACCGGCUGAAUACCACCUCUGGAUGGCAGGAUGGUCGAAAUGGCAAGAACUGGUUCACCACCUGAAAUCCAAAUCCUACUGAGGCCCAGAGCGAUGUAUUAUCUUUGGUUCCCUUUUGCGCUCUGUGGAACACCAAGACAACUGCAGAGGUAUCAGCUACAUUACCUGGGAGAGGAGUUGGGUUACCUGCGACAGGUAACUCAUUAAUUCUCAAGGAAGACAAAGAGCUGCGCUAUCUCCACUCCCACCCCCCGCUGUACAGAUCUCCAAUUGGUGAGUUUGCCCUCCCCCCCCUCGAUGCCGACCGGCAGCCAGGGAUAUCCUGAAAUCAUUUUGCAGCCAGGUGUGCCAACUGUAAGAACACACCUUUGCCAUGGUGUGGGUUUAGCCCACCUGCAUCAAAACGCCAGUCCAAGGAUAGAUCUCCAUGGGACCUCAGUCGAAAGACCAGACCGGCUCGUAACCCCAUCCCGAGAGAUCACACAGAGACCAACAUGAAGAGCCUGAAGGCCAGGUUCAAGAAGGGUGACAGCCAAGACUGGAACAAGAAUGACGAGAAGCUCCUGCAGGCGGUGGAAUUCAAUGAUGUGGACCGAGUCUCCUCUCUCCUGCUCCGGAAGAGCUUGGUCCCCACCAAACUCGACAUGGACGGGAAAUCAGCUUUCCACCUGUGUGCCAUGAAGGGGAACGUGGAUUGCAUGGAGGUGAUGCUGGCCCAUGGAGCAGAUGCUCUGACCACCGAUGGUUCAGGUCACACUGCGUUGCACCUCUCGGCAAAACACGGCCACCCCCAGUGUAUCAGCAAGCUGUUGCAGUCUUCCUGCCAUGUUGAUGUAGCCGACAGCCAGGGAAGGACCGCACUCCACCACGCAG